CUCUGAUCAACUACCUGAACAUUCAGCGACCGCUUGGUCUCUUGUGCAUUUGAAUCUUAUCAUACCCCCUCUGUUACAUUUUGCUUUUCGUUCAUUUAUUGUACCUGUUCUGUUUUCUCUAUCAUUGAGCAAAGGCUGGCCGAGGCUCGACACCGAUAACAAUGCCUGGGACCGUGGCUGAGGGACCGUCGGUCUCCAUGUCCUUUGCCAACAAUUUCUGGGGCAAGGAUGAUGCUGGACUGCAACCUAUGCUUGACCGCAUGCACGCAUCUAAGGUUACUAGCGAUGAAUUGAAGGUUUUCUACAGCGUACGUGCUGCGAUUGAAGAUGAAUACGCCCGAAAACUACAGGCACUCUGCCGCAAAUCCCUCGGUUCCGCCGAAUCGGGAUCCCUUCGCUCGUCGCUGGACGUGGUCCGCGGGGAAACCGAGUCCAUCGCGAAGGCACACGCCGCGAUCGCGGCACAGAUGAAGACCGAGCUUGAGGAGCCACUACAUGCGUUUUCGAAGGGUAUCAAGGAGAGGCGGAAAAUUAUCCAGGAUGGCAUUGAGCGCCUUCACAAGAAUAAGGUGCAACAAACGCAACUGGUCAACAAGACUCGCGAUCGCUUCGAGCAAGACUGCCUACGGAUCAAAGGAUACCUUGCGCAAGGACACAUGGUGAUGGGUCAAGAGGAACGCAAGAACAAGGCGAAGCUUGAGAAGACACAAAUUCAACUGGCCUCGAACAGCAACGAAUAUGAAGCCGCCGUCAAGACCCUUGAGGAGACCACUGGGCGUUGGAACAAGGAGUGGAAGGCUGCUUGCGACAAAUUCCAAGACUUGGAAGAAGAGCGCCUCGACUUUACAAAGAGCAGCCUUUGGACUUACGCAAACAUUGCCUCUACCGUCUGCGUGAGCGACGAUGCAUCCUGUGAAAAAAUUCGCCUGUCUCUUGAGAAUUGCGAAGUUGAAAAGGACAUUGUCUUCUUCAUCAAGGAACGAGGGACCGGCCAGGAAAUCCCCGAUGCCCCUCGGUUUAUCAACUUCUGUAAGGAGGACGAUGAUGUAUCGGAUAUCGAAGACGGGGAAGGCUAUUCAGUCGCCCAAUUCCAGCGAGCUAUGAAUCCGGCUUUCCGCACGUCGUCACCUCAGCCAUCCACUUUUGAGUCCCACCAUGACCCGGAUUCUGAACUUGCUGCACAAAUGGGCCACCCGGCACCAGCUCAAGCUCCAAUUCAAGCUCCCAUUCAAGCUCCCAUUCAAGCUCCCAUUCAAGCUCCCAUUCAACCCCCAGCUCCGGCGCCAGCUCAAGCUCCAGCUCUAGCGCCUAUUGCCCAGCCACCAGCCCCACUGGACCUUCGCAGAGGUGGCUAUCUGCCGCCCAACUACGACCCUCAGCAGCACGGCGAGAUCAAUGCAAUUCCCCAUAAUGCUUACCCGACUGAUGGCAUGACCAUGUUCUGCCGCACUGGGCCACCUUCGGAACGCAGCUCAGCCAGCGCGUACCGCCCCUCUAGCCGGGAUUCUCAAAGCGAAGUGUCAAACCCUACUUCCAUGUCAAGCGUCGAGGCCCCUACCACAAUCCACAAGUCUCCGCCCAAGCCGACCAAUAGUGCACCCCUCCCGAGUCAAAGUGAGGACACGUCUGUCCAAAAGAAGAAGAGUGCCUUCUUUAGCAACAGUCCCUUCCGACGCAAGAGCCGUCACGACAAGGAGAGACCAGCGAUUGGAGGUCAAUCUUCCUCUCGCAGCAGCCCUUGGGGCUCUCCCACCAAGCAGGCCAGUCCUACCAAGCCUGCUUCCCAAGCUCAGCCUGAACGCCAUAGUCCCGAGCCCGUUGAUCCUCGCGCCAACUUCCAGCUCAAUGUCGGCAACAACGUCUUUGACGUUGCUUCGCCCGAUAAGAAUGCUAAGGCUGGAGCACAGCAAGCUAGGGCGGCCGAAGACAAUGUGGAUCCUAUUGCCCGUGCUUUGGCGGAUUUGAAGACUGGUGGAAAGCAGUCCACCCUGCGAGUCUCGGCGGAUAGAUAUCACGGCAUCCAGACACCCAACCCAUCGGCCCCUUCGUCUACCUAUGGUGGUAGCUCUUCCGGUGCUCCUCCUGCGUACAAUGAUCCUUCUGUGAAGCGACUUGACGCCCCAGAGCCGGCUUUCACAUCCAAGCAGAUGCAAAAGACUACUCAGCGAUACACUGGACAGACUCAGAGCAUGCUGCGUGGGGGUGCUAACAGUCCGAGCAUGGCACCUGCGCCCAGGGAGGUUCCUCGAGCCCGCUCCCCGGCCCCAUCCACUCGCCGCAGUGCCAGCCCUCAGGUAUCUUCUCCUCGGGUUGAUACUCGCAUGGCUGGUCAAUACAGCGGAUCUGCAAGCCCUGCGCAGAGUCCAGCUGCAUAUCAGUCUAGCAGUAUGCGCAGUCGUUACAGCCAAUCCCCUACGCCCCAUCGUGCACAAGACCCCCCGUAUUCGCCCAACGAUUAUGCUCAACGGGCCUCCCCAGCUGCAUCAACUCGUGCAGUUUCUCCUCAGCCUCAGUUCAGACAGCAAGUCCGUCCUUCCAGCGCUGGAGGCAUGGAGCUGCAGCUUUCUAGCGGCCAAGUUGAAAUGUACGGCGGCGGCUCUCGCGAUGGUUAUGGCUCGGCGCCUCGUCGCGGUGAUGGCCGACCUAUGUCGCAGUACGGUGACAAUACCAAUGCUCCGCCCCUUGUGGGCCGCUCUCGUAGUCGCACUCUUGCUGUUGCUGAGUCCGGAAGAAAAUUCAGCCGUGAUGGACGUCCCAUCCUUCAUUUCGCUCGCGCUAUGUACAGCUACAGUGCAGCUAUCCCUGAAGAACUUGGUUUCACCAAGGGUGAUGUCCUUGCUGUAAUCCGCCUUCAAGACGAUGGAUGGUGGGAAGCCGAAGUCACCAACGGCCGAGGCCACCCAGGCCUGGUGCCGAGCAACUACCUGCAGAUCAUCUAGAUGCUCAACCCACCUUCUUAACGAACCGCCAUGACCCUCGCAAUCUCUCGUCCUGACGGAACACCUUUCUUACUUUCACGCUCAUGCACUCACGUAGAUACCACAUGCCUUUCUCCGAAGCCUUUUUGCACAUUCACGAUCCUUGUCUCAACCCAUUCGAUUCUUCUCUAUUCGGCGCUGUACCUGCGCAUUGAUUUUAUCCACUGUUUUUCUCACUGGGCAAGCUGUUCAAUGUUUUCGAUGUUCCGUCCAACGGAUGAUUUUUUUCUGGGGCGUAACGUGCUUGUGGUUUUCAACUAGUGAUUUGGUGCUGUCUUCUUUCUUCUGUCUGUACGUUUUUUGUUGGAAGAUCCGUUCGAGGGAAAUUGCACGACGAACGAACGAUCUAUGGUCAUGUACACUGCUAUGACUCUCAUGGUCAAGGCCAUACGUCUCUUUUCCCAUUUCUUUAAUUUUAUGACGCCUUUCCUCCCUCCGAUCAGUUUACUCAUCGGUACCAGAUACAAUAAUCCCCCUGCCAUCGUAAUCUCAGGAAACCAGUCCAUGUAGAAUUAUCUCUGCCCUCAAUAGAACCAAG